CGCCGGGACCAAACGAAGCCGCGUUAUGAUGACUGACUGCGUGCACAGCUGUAGCCCAGUCACAUUCUCUCCAUCCAGUUGAAUUCUCCGAGCAGAGCUGCGUGAAAGCGAAGCUUUGGCACAACAGCAGUCACAAUCUCCCUCUCAGAGCGUUCUCGCUGGCGCGUACUUUGCACCGAGACGUUCCUCCGAGGCUUCUCCUUUCUUUUCUCUGGAGACUGAAACUUAAAGGACUUUCUCGUCGCAGGGCAGAGAACAGGGGGACGCACGGAUAGUGUCAGUGCGGUAAAUGUAGCAGCGGGCUGUGUGUCUUACUGAGCGGUGCUGUUGGACUAGCCGAGAACGCACCACGGACUAGCCGAGAACGCACCGCGUCCCGUCCCACAUCCUCCUUUUUAAUUCCCCCCUCCCCGUCCCUCCAAAGGGUGUCCCGAACAAGACCACCAUGAUUCUGAACGGAUUUGCGCUCGUUCUUUACCUCUCAGGUGUGUUGCCAUCCUCAGCAUCCAUCUUUAACUUCCCUGCCCCCACCAUCGACUGUGUUGAAGCUCAUCGUGUGUGCUCCGUUGAACCCACGUGCGAGGCAUUGUAUCGAGGCUUGGAGCUAUGUGCAGAAGAAGCAGCGGUGUCCCCGCAGGCAGAACAGUUGGCAUCUGAGUGCGUGGAGAGGCGGGAUGCCCUGCUAGCCAAACACCCCUCUCUACUGACCUGCAAAUGUCAGCGUGGUUUCCGUAAGGAGGAGCUGUGCCUGCGCAUAUACUGGAGGGUUCGCCUGCUGCCAGGUGAGGUGUUCCUGGCAUGUUGUACCAGGAGGAGGGCCCAGGACAGACCCAAGACUUCCUGGAGAGAUAUUAUCUCUCAGCUGUCUUGGGAAUGUCCGUAUGAGCUGAAAAGGGUGGCUGGGUCCAGACUGGCUGAUUUCCUCAAUAACUGCCAACCGUCUCAUCUGACAGCCAGCGGCUGCCUGAAAGAUUCAGCAGGCCUCUGUCUCCGAGCCUAUGCCGGACUCAUAGGUACCAUCAUGACACCCAACUACAUCAGUAACAGCUCUGCAGAUGUGUCGCUGUGGUGCAACUGUGAAGGCAGUGGAAACCAGUGGCAGGAAUGUCUGAAACUGCAGCGCAUCUUCACCCACAACAGCUGCCUGCGUAACUCCAUCAGCUGGAUGGGGAGCCUCGGCUUGCUGCCUGCAGACAUCACCCAACCUCCUGCGCCUAGACCCUCCCCGCUGGUUCAGAAGGAUGAGCUGCUGAAGAAUAACCACCUGCCUGAGCACAACAACAUUGUGUUGGACAGUAAGGAAGAGGAGGAAUUGACACAAACAGAAGAUGAGCAGGAGGGUGCAGAUAGUGGCCAGUUUGAUGUCAUCCCGCUCUACUCAGAGAGGGCUACUGUCUCCAACCUAGGCUCUUCUGGGACUGGGGGGUCCACAUCUCUGACCACUGGGCCAUCUAAAGCCAUGCUACUCCUGCUUCUUCUCCUGUCAUUGUCCCUCAGCUGGCUGUAAAACAGAGGAUGGAAAGAAAUUACAUACACACAACUAUUUUAGAUUCAUUGCUGUAAAAUUAUAAUUCCAAAAUUGAAAAAAUUGACUUUGUCUGUAGAAUCCCUCGAUGCCCAUGCUCCGCCCUCUAACCUAAACAUGGCUCUUUUUUCUUUCUGAAUGUGACUGAAGGUAAAAGGUCGGACGAGCACAGAAAUCCUAGUUGUGGUAGGGUGUUCAUAUGAUGCAAUUAUUAAUACGCAUAAUAAAGCUGUUCAUAUCACCGGUCUAGAGAAAAAUUGAAAGUGGCUUGUUGUAGUCUCAGCAAAUACUUUCUGGCAGCGGUUUUUCGUCCUUUUGUACACGCCCAAGUGUAAAGUUUAGACAAUAUUUUGAACUGGUAUAUAAAAGGCAUACACAGUACAUACCAAAAUGCCUGAAGCAAAACUCUUAGCCCACAAUCACCGCUCCACCCCCACGUCAUAAAAUGCAACAUUUUGUCCAAAUUUUCCCAAGUGCUUUUUUAACAGAGCAAUGGAUUUUCAACAUAGCAUUCUUUACUAGUUUUCUUUAGAAAGCAUAAAGUAUUUCUUUUUGCAUAUAAUAACAUAAUUACUACCAGAAAAAAUCAAGUUAAUAUUGAGGAUUAUCUGCAAAUGUAUAUGUUGUACUUUAGCAAGAGUUGUCACUUGAGAAAUUAUGAUACCAAAACCAAAAAACAAUUCACUUUAGACUGUUGAUGCCCAUAAAGCAUGAGAUGGAUAUGCAGAGUUUUGAGUGCUUGGCAGUGUUGAGAACUGGACUGAAAAGUGUAAUGAAGAAAUUUAAACAGAAUAAGCCUGUCAAUUAAGCAAAAGAUUUCAAAGACUCUAGAACGAAAACUAGUGAGAGAUGCGUCUAAAACAACUUAGCCAGGUCAUGAAUUGUAGUCUCAAAGUAGACAAUCACUAGAACACUGCAGAAGAAUGGAGCGCAAGGUUAGAGGCCAAGAAAUCUUCACUACUACAGAACACACAGUUACAAGCAAGACUGACGUAUGCUAAAGAUCAUGCAUGCUGGAAUUGUGUCCAGAGAGACGCUGCUUGUGUUUGGAAAAAGAAGGGAGUGGCUUACAACCCAAGGAACAGUCUCUGCAAUGAAACACGGUGGUGGGAGUAUGUUGCUGUGGGAAUGCUUCAGUGCUUCUGGAUCUGGGGAAUUUUGUGAAGGUGGAAAUAAUUAUGAAGAAAGAAGGAUUUAUGAAGAUUCUGAAAACUUCAAGCUGUCAGCAGUAAAACAGGAACUGGUUCAUACAUCAUCUCAUUCUUCCAACAAAACAAACACCCAAAACUGGCCUGUGCAAAGCCCUGACUUGAGUCCCAUUGAUACUCCUAUAGGGUGGACCUAAGGCCCAGGCCCCUGCCAGAAGAACAUCACAUCUGGAGGACCCCAAGCGAUCUGCCAAAGGAAAAUGGGUUGGGAUUGCUCAUGAGAUGUUUGUGAGAUCAGUUCAAAACUACUACUAAGGUUGCAGGCUCUUAUCCAGCAAAAAGGACACAUAACUGACUAUUAGCAUCAGAAGGGUUGAUAGUUUUGUCCCUGGUAAAAAACAAAGAAACCAAAAAAUGUUCAAAAAUGAUUUUGUAAAAUACUUUUGUUUCUGUGUCCAAAGUAAAAUAAUGUAAGCAUCCAAAAUAAACGAGGAUGUUUUGAACAGCUGUGUUAAAAAUUCCUUGCUUGGUUGAACAGUGCUUGGGAAAUGCUCUUCACAGGGGGUCUAAGAGUUCUCCCCUUAUGUAAGAAAACUGUUAAAAAAUAUUAAUUAAAUAUGAUACACAAAUAUUACUAAAAUAUUUACUUCUAAAUUACAGCAGGUCAUAAAUCAAUUAAUUAUAUUUUUAUCAUGAUAACAUCACAUCAUCACCUUACAAUUUAAUUUACCACACUUGACUUU